UGGGAGAUUCCUUAACGUUUCCCCUCCGUAAAACUCUCUUUCCCAGAGUCCCCCCCUCGCGUGGGAUGGUUUGUUUUUCAGGUGACGCAGCGGAGCGGCGUUACUGGGACAUGGAAGAUGGCGAGUUUGGAGAUAGCUGCGGAGCACGAACGAAUCCUGCGGGAGAUCGAGAGUACGGACACCAACUGCAUCGGACCCACACUCCGGUCCGUGUACGAUGGCCAGGAGCAUGGGCUCUUCAUGGAAAAGCUGGAAGGGCGCAUCAAGAACCACGACCGCGAGAUUGAGAAGAUGUGCAACUUCCACUUCCAGGGCUUUGUGGACUCCAUCACUGAGCUGCUCAAAGUGCGCGGGGAGGCCCAGAAGCUCAAGAGCCAGGUGAUCGACACCAACAGGCUGCUGCAGGACGAUGGGAAAGAGCUCGUGCAGACGCUGGAGGAGCUGAAACAGUGCCGCCUGCAGCAGAGGAACAUCGCCACCACGAUAGACAAGCUGACGCUGUGUCUACCAGUCCUGGAGAUGUACGGCAAACUGCAGGAGCAAAUGAGAACCAAGAGGCACUAUCCUGCCCUGCGCACCCUGGAGCAGCUGGAGCGCGCCUGCCUGCCGAGGGUCAGUCAUUACCGCUUCUGCACCAUCAUGGCCGAGAACAUCCCCCGCCUGCGCGAGCAGAUCAGGGACGUGUCCAUGUCCGACCUCAAGGACUUCCUGGAAAGCAUCCGCAAGCACUCGGACAAGAUUGGAGAGACCGCCAUGAAACAGGCGCAGCUGCAGAGGAACCUGGACAGCGCUGUGUCUCGCCAGCAGAGGGUGGGCAGCGGCCGGCGUGCCAGGAAGGAGGGGGGACUGGGCACCGAGCUGGACGGCCAGGGCUGCAGCCCCCUCUCGGAACAGGAUUCGGGGAUACUGGAUGUAGAGGAUGAGGAGGAGGAGGAGGUGCCUGGAGCCCAGGAGCUGGUGGACUUCUCUCCUGUUUACCGCUGUUUACACAUUUACACCGUGCUGGGAGCCAGGGACACCUUUGAGACCUACUACAGGAAACAGAGGAGGAAACAGGCUCGUCUAGUCCUACAGCCUCACUCUAACAUGCACGAGACACUGGGAGGCUACAGGAGAUACUUCAAUCAGAUCGUGGGGUUUUUCGUGGUGGAGGAUCACAUCUUGCACACGACACGGGGCCUGGUGAACCGGGCGUACGUGGACGAGCUGUGGGACUUGGCUCUCUCCAAAACCAUCGCGGCGCUGAGGACGCAUUCGUCUUAUUGCACUGAUCCCAACCUGGUCCUGGAUCUGAAGAACCUCAUUGUGCUCUUCGCUGACACGCUGCAGGGCUACGGCUUCCUGGUCAACCAGCUUUUUGACAUGCUUCUGGAGAUCCGGGACCAGUACAGCGAGAUCCUGCUCAAGAAGUGGAACCAGGUCUUCAGGGAAAUCCUGGACCAGGAUAACUACAGCCCAAUCCCCGUAUCCAGUGAGGAGGAGUACAGGCGUAUCGUGGGACAGUUCCCUUUCCAGGACCCUGAGCUGGAGAAGCUGCCCUUCCCAAAGAAGCUCCCCUUCUCUGCGUUUGUGCCCAAAGUGUACAGCCAGCUGAAGGAGUUCAUCUACGCCUGCCUGAAGUUCUCUGAGGAUCUGCACCUCAGCUCCACAGAAGUGGAUGACAUGAUCCACAAGUCCACCAACCUGCUGCUGAGCCGGACGCUGAGCCACUGUCUGCAGUACGCCAUCAAGAAGAAGAACGUGGGCCUGACGGAGCUGGUCCAGAUCAUUAUAAACACCACUCACCUGGAGCAGUCCUGCCACUUCCUGGAGGAGUUCAUCUCCAACAUCACCAAUGUGCCACCUGACACUGUCAAUGCCACCAAGCUCUAUGCCACCUCCACCUUUAAGGACGCGCGGCACACGGCGGAGGAGGAGAUCUACACCAACCUCAACCAGAAGAUCGACCAGUUCUUGCAGCUGGCCGACUAUGACUGGAUGGCGCCGGCGGGCGGUGGGAAGGCCAGCGACUACCUGAGCGACCUCAUCGCCUUCCUGUGCAGCACCUUUGCAGUCUUCACACACCUGCCUGGAGCAGUGAUUGAACAUGCCACCAUGCCGGGCAAGGUGGCCCAGACAGCCUGCAUGUCGGCCUGCAAGCACCUGUCCACCUCGCUGCUGCAGCUGCUGCUGGAGGCCGGUGUCCGUCAGGUGUCCAUGGGCGCCCUGCAGCAGUUCAACGAGGACGUCAAGGAGUGCGAACGCUUUGCCAGUUCGGGGCCAGUGCCUGGAUUUCAGGGGGACACUUUGUUGUUGGCGUUCAUCGACUUGAGACAACUCCUGGACCUCUUCACUCAGUGGGAUUGGUCCACGUACCUGGCUGACUAUGGGCGCCCCAAUUGCAAAUACCUGCGGGUGAACCCCCACACCGCCCUGGCCCUGCUGGAGAAGAUUUCCAGAGCGAUGAGGGACACGAGCCGGAAGAACAACGUGUUUGCGCAGUUCCGCAAGAACGAGCGCGACAAGCAGAAGCUGAUCGACACCGUGGUCAAGCAGCUGCGCGGCCUGAUCCAAGCCCACCAGUCCUGAGCCCCCCGCCCUGCCUCUGCUGUUCCCAGGGGAGCUGCGUCUCUCCUCCCGGAGCCCCCAGCGCUCCCCGCUCCUGCCCUCUGGAGGCCGGGGUGCUCUGUGAGCUGGAAUCCACUCUCUGCUGAACCUCUGGAGGCCCGCAGGGGCCCUGGCCCUUCCCCGCGGAGACCUGCGUCUCUGCACACUCAUGCUGUGAGCGCAGCUUGCUUCCCUGCUCUGCUCAGACGGCACGAGAAAGAGCAACAGAAAUAAACUCUUCGCUACCUUUGUACAGCAGCAGAUAUUCCCAGUACCCCUCUACAGCACCGUGCUGAGGAGGGAUAUCCUCCUGCUAGGAGUACGAAUCAGUACAGACUAAUACCGAAACUGCAGUCUUCCCACAGAAUGGCCUUGUCAGCUCGGAGCACCAGGCAGCUGGGUCCUGGGUUUGAGUGUUGUUGGGUGCUUUCUACAUUCAGCACAAAGUUGUCUUUUUUUUCCUUGGGAGUGCCAUGUUUUGUCUCGUGUGUGGCUGCAUGUUUUAUAGUGUCAUCUUCAUAAUGCCCUCAGCAUAGGUUCUUUGGCUUCUCAAAUUAAAAGGUUAUAUAGCAAUAUUGCAUUGUUGCUCGUAGUGCAGGAUGAUAAACAGUGCUACAGUGUAUAGAUUUCACUUUCAAUGUUCAAGUAACUUAUUGAAAUAUUCACUCCCUUAUUUACACCUUGGAGGUCAGCAGCACAUGAUGUUUAAAUGCUGCAGUCUCCCUUGCCUACAAAUAUCUUUGAUAAAGUAGCCAAAGAAACAGAAGACAAACAUAUCUGCUGGCAUUUAGAAAAACUAGAAUAUCAAUUGGGUGAUGAAUCAGGCAGAGAGAUAUUUCCCAAAUUUUACAGCACUUCUUUCCAAGUGCUGACAGUAUAUAGUUCCCAGUCCUAAAAUGGAAUCACACAAGUUAUCCUGUUUGUGCAGUGAAAUUCCAUUCCCAUUCCCUCCUCACACGCUCAAACACAUGCUGCAGCUGGCCAAGGUCUUGCUCUCUGAUUAAUCCAGGGAUACUGCAUAGCACAACCAUAAGAACUUUUCUCUCUUCUUUAUUUGAAAAACUGCUUCAAUGCUAGCAGUUGGACUGUCAGCGUGUGCUAAAGCUGCUGCUGUCAAUAAGCUUCAGAGAUACUCCUUUUCAGAGGUUUUAAAAAGCUGCCUCUGGCCUGGGAGGAUGGCAGUAAGUGAAGAGCGGAAGCUCAUGGGAACGGCAGCACGCAGAGAGCCGUUGUGCGUGUCGGCAGGGCAGAAGAACCGCUGAGCUGAACCUCUGCCUUCCAGACCAACACGACCAGCUGCGGACCACUGUCUAACCAACAGGCAGAGUGCCUGGGCCCUGGCUUUGCACUCUUCAUCUUGUAAUUAUUUAUAGAUAUUAUAAGGCAUUGAAAGCACAUGCUGACAAGGAGCAGACAGAAGGGACUGAAGACAAGGCUGCAUUAGCUCAGUGUCGGUGAGGUCUCCCCAUCACUCCCGCUUGCUGGAGGCUUUAUGGGCCACAUCUUUUUCCCUGUAAGCACACUGGCUUCUGGGUAGGUUCCCCUGGACUAGGAAAAGUGCAGCUCUUCCACGCUUCUCCGGCACUCUGGAAAGCAGGAUGAGGUCCGGCGGGUCGGGGGAGAGACACACACCUGCAGUGCUGACCGCUGUGCUGCAGCACUGGGAACUCAAGCAUGAGGGUAUCUCUGUGCCAUUUGUUUACCUUGGAUAAUGAUGGACUCAGGGGAUGGGGGACAAGUACAAGUAUAUAAAGUACAAGCACAGCAACAAAAAGAAAAAAAAAUUGAGAUUUUUGUAUUGUGUGUGCUAUGAAUGUGGGUACAAAGCUUGAUUAGGGAAUUCUGCACUGGUCUGCAUUGUAGCCUUCAGGAUAAGGGAUGCCUGGCAAUGAAAAUUGGAAUUUAAGGGCUGUUUUUUAUUGUUUCCCAGCUUGGAAGUUUAUUUUUAUCAUCCUUCUCUUCUUUCAAAGUCAGCACUGUGUGAUAUCUGCCUAGAAUAGGCAGCCAAAUAAAAGGGAUGCUGUAUGAGUGCGAAGAACAAAACUGCUCGGAUAUGAUCCAGAUUUCUAGCCCCCCUGAAGAUCACAGCUUCCACAGCUCAUAUGUGCCAGAAGUCAGCUUUCCAGUGUGUGACUCUUGUGGGGUUUGUGUUUGCUUGGUGUCACAGACAUUUUGAUUAUUCUGAAUUCUUCUUUUAUUACUGAUGUUUCAAACUCUGUCUUCCCUUUUCUUAUGAUGACAACAGAAGACAGGACAUCUGUUAUGAUACCGGUUUGUUUUUCUUUUGUUUUUGUACAUACAGUAUACAGUAUGAGGAGAGAGAUGUUUGGAUUGAUUGUUUGAAGCUGUGGGUAAACUUGUGUAUGUGCCUUGAUCAUUUCUGAUGGUGAUCUUUUGCCUUUUUAUUCUGGACUUGGGGUGUGCAGUUCUGGGAUGUACCUGGAGUCAAUGUUAUUGAUCUUUCUGAUAAAGAUAAAAGGGAACUAAAACUGGGAUGUGAAGGCCACUGCAUCAGAGAAGCACACUGGACAAUAGGUGAUCCCAAAGAAACAGCGCAGAAACAUUACCAUUGCAUGCUGCCACAUUGGAGGAUCGUGGAUUGUUUUAAGUCUCUCUGUUAAUGUACUUCCAAUGUCCAGGGGCAGACUGCAAUUUGUACUACAUUAAACCACUAAUUACCCUGGGUGUCAUGAUACUAAUAAAGUUUGAAAUAAACAUACA